AAUCAGAAGACUUAUUUGAAGAUAGCUGCAGGAGAGUGGGUGCCGUACUCCAAGGUCAUUAGUCUGGGGGACGGCAAGAUCCAAAUCGAGGGACCCAUGCGAAACGUUCUUGAUAUCUUUGCUGAGAUGAUGAAUUUUGAGUACGAGCUGCAGUAUGCACCAGACAACCUCUGGGGAGGACCUUUACGCAACGGGUCCUGGACAGGGAUGCUUGGGAUGCUUCAACGAGACGUGGUUGAGUUGGCUAUUGCCCCUUUCUUCGUAACGCCUGACAGAGCCAGCGUCUGUGACUUCACGGACCCUGUCUACAGCGACAGUCAGGCCAUACUUAUGGUCCGUCCCGAGGUCCAGAGCGACGUUACCGGCUUUUUAAAACCAUUCACACUUCUAGUGUGGCUGCUGGCGGUGCUGAGCCUAGGACUUGUCGUACUCGCUCGGGAGGGCCUAGACAGGAGGGAGGCCCAGGUGGUCACCCACUACACUGCUCGCACCAGCUGGUCCAGGGCUACCAUGUGGGCUGUUCAGUCGCUCCUGAAUGAGAGCCCUAAGUGGCUGCCGAAGAAGGAUAGCGGUAGACUCUUAGUGACCACGUGGCUUCUGGCUUCACUUGUGUUCACGUCCUGCUACAGUGGCAUCCUCACGGCCAUGCUGACGGUGCCUCGGGUCACCAUCCCCAUAGACUCUCUACCUGACCUGGUGGCCCAGACUCGCUUACCCUGGCGGCUGGAGGCCGGCUCCAUGAUGUAUGCCUUUUUUGAGGAGGCUCAGGAUGUCUUGGGCAGGAAGGUUUUCGCCAAGAAGGCCGGCACCUUCCAGGACUGCUGGGCGGCUCGUCAGGACGUCGCCCAAGGCCACUUCGCUGCCAUAUGUGACCGCACCACCAUGAUGAAGGCCAUGUCCUGGGACUUCAGCACAACUGGAAAGUGUCAUCUAUACAUCUCGCGGGAGAAGGCCUAUAGCAGUGGAAUUCUGGGUAUUGCAUUCAAGACUAAAUCCAAGUAUCUUCCCAGGGCAAAUAAAAUUCUGUCCUUCCUGAAGGAGUCUGGGAUCAUGAACAAGUGGCUGGGGGAUCAGAUUACCAACACAAGCCUCUGCCUCAAGCCUCCAACUGCGGAUAUAAAGGGUGGAAUCUCAGCUUUGGGUUUCGAAGCCUUCUCUGGUUCAUUCCUGCUGCUCGCGUCGGAUCAGGCUGUGAAUUAUGAAUAUAAGUUUGACGUUGUCAAAAAGAAACACCUUUCAGCAGUGAAUGUAUAG